AUGGUCAGCAUUGAAGCCAUCUCUGCGUUGCUUACUUAUGUUAUCCUUGAUCUAUUAUUUACCACUAUUCCUUAUGGAUUUUAUGUGAUAAACUUUGGCUUCAAUUUUGAUACACUGAUAAAAAAUUUGGGUCCAGUUCAGUAUGACCCACUGACAAGUGGCUUCGACUUUCUAAUUCUUUGCUUGCUGAGGAUUUUCUUCAUUAUUGUUGGAGCGAGUUUGGUGGGUUUCAAGAGACCGCUACAACUAUUUUCUUUUACCUUUAAUUGUGUUGCAGCAUGUUCAAUUUCGUUUUCGUUGGUUAAAGUGAGUAAUGCCUUUAACUUUUUAGCAGAUUGAAAAAUUCAAAACACAAGUUCUUCGGUUUUUUUCUUGCAAUUGGCUCGAUUUUCAGUCCAAAAAAUUAUGGCACUGGAACUGAAAAACAAAUGAAAUGUUUUUACCAGCAAAUUUUCCAGAUUCUCUGUUUCGCCGAACACCCUAACCAAUUACAUUUUGUUGGUGUUUGGCUCUCUCUAUCAUGGAACAUUAUUGCCCCGUUCUGGGCGUUAUAUAUCUUCAACACUGUUAUCGUAUAUCGACUGUUCAACAAUACUAAUUACGAGCAAGUAGAAGUAGAAACUGAAGUGUUUUUGGAGAAUGCUGAAUUAGCAUCUGAUGCUGAAAAUCAAAACUAUGGUUUUCGCGAUGAAAAAGAUUGUAGACAAGAGCCUCUCACCAAGAAGUCAUUAAUCGCACAUGUAAAAUUCUUGAUGAAAUACGCUUUGAUAUACUGGCGGUGGUUUAGCAUAGCGUGUGUUUUCUUGGUGCUAUCGGCGGCUGGUGAGUUUUUUUUCAGCAAUAAUUUUGAAAAUAUUAGUCUGUCGGGAAAAUAAUGUGGAGCGACACCAAAUUUCAGCUCGGUCCUUUAUCCCCUACUACACUGGCAAAGUAAUUGCAAACAUUGUUCACAUGGAUAGCGAAAAACUUAAUGCUUUUUACACAACAUUGCUUGUAAUGUGCGGUCUUAUUGUUGUAACGUAAGUUCCAUUUUUUCUACAUUAUAUUUUGAGUCAACAAAAAAAUCAAAAUAAUUUUCAGCUCCGUCUUUGCCGGUCUUCGCGGGGCCAUCUUUAACUGGGCCGGCGCUCUGGUAAAUCGGCAAAUGCGCAAAGAUCUUUUCGACUCUCUGAUCCGUCAAGAAAUUGCCUUUUUUGAUAAACAACAGACCGGCGAAAUUUUGUCCCGCCUUACGACUGAUUGCGAGAUUGUAACGUCCAUUAUUGAAACGAAUAUGGAGAUGUUUUUGCGAGACUUUGUAAGGCUAAUCAUUUCUUUAAUUGUUAUGUUCAACGUUUCCUGGCGAUUGACUGUCGUCACGUUCGUGUUCAUCCCACCAUUGACGUUCUUUGCGAAACUUUAUGGAGAUUAUUGCGAUGUAAGUGUUUUCCUCUUAUAUCAAAAGGGAUCGGAAAAUGUUAUAGUUGGAAGCUUUAAUCUUAACGAAACUUAUAUCAUUUGAAAGAGCAUUAAAAAUAAUCUAUAACGCAAAGAAAAUUAACUGCCUAAUUUGCCCUAGGGCGAAGUUAUGGCCGUUUUAUGAAAGGGGUUACAUGCGGCAAAAAUGCCGGUUUUUUAUAUCACAGUAAUCCUGGCGGCUUGAUCUUCAUUCGUUUCCUAAUAUCCCAAGUCGUCUAUCACGGUCGUUUUAUGGCUCAUUUUGCAUCCGGGAAGUAUCAAAAAAUGUAGCAAAAUGCUUCCCUCUCCAAGUGAAAAGGAUCCGUUUUGAAUAGCGCGCCCUUUCCCUCACAAAACGAGCUGACGCGCCUUUCAAAUCGGAGUCUUUUCCCAUGUAUGUAGAAGGAGGUAUUUUGUUGUGUUUUUUAUACUUCCUGUAUGCAAAAUAGUACGUCUUUUGCCAUCGGAUGAGGACCGCCACUGUCUUCUUGACUGCCCGUAAUUUUCAGAGGAUCAGCGAGAGAGUUCAAGCAGCUAAAGCAGACGCAAAUCAGGCCGCUGAAGAGUGCUUGGGAACAGUGCGAACAGUCAGAGCUUUUGCCUGUGAAGCCAGGGAGUCGCAGCGUUUUGACACGCACUUGCUUGGCAUUGUCAAUAUUCUAAAGGCAAGUUUUCAUCAAUCACAAAAAAUACCGCUUUUUUGACGAAGCAAUAUUGAGUUGAAACGUUUUCAGCACAAAGCAAAAAUGUCAUUUGGAUACAUCACGCUGUCCGAGAUCACCGAGUACCUUGUUCUUGUCUUGGUCCUUUUAUACGCCGGUCAUCUUGCAUUUACCAGUAGUUUGACAAUCGAGCAGAUUACGGCUUUUAUUUUGUAUCAAAUUCAAAUGAUUGAUAUCUUUUAUGUAAGCUGUUACUCUUGUUAAUCAUUAAAAAAAUUUUUUUUAGAAUAUGGAUUACGUGUUUGCCAACAUGAUGAGAAGUGUUGGUGCGUCACGAAAAGUGUUUGAAUAUAUGAAUCGACAGCCGGAAAUACCGUAUGAGGGGAUGGCUGAAGGAAAAGUCAAAGGAAACAUUGAAUUUGAUGACGUUUCAUUUUUUUAUCCAACCAGACCCCAUUCAGAGGUGUUGAAAGUAAGGAACAGAAAGCUUAUUUUACAAAGCUUUGCAAGGUACAGUGAGGGACCUGAUCCAAUGGCAAAAAACGUCUCAUUUUGCAUCCCGGAAGGGACCAAAAUGUCUCCAGACCCUUCCCUUCUCUAAGCUAGAAAACCCCGCUUUGAAAAGCGCGCCCUUUCCUUCAAUAAGAGAGCGCUAGCUCCCACUGCUUCCAACAAUAUUAGCAAUCAAAAAUCGCGCGCUUUUUUCUUUUCUCGCAUUCUCCUUCUCCGGGAAAAAAACAAAAAAAUUCGGCAAAUACAGAAAGCCAAAAGAAAGGGAGAAGCGCAAAAGGCGCGCGCUUUUUGAUUGCGAAUAUUGUUGGAAGCAGUGGAAGCUAGCGCUCUCUUAUUGAAGGAAAGGGCGCGCUUUUCAAAGCGGAGUUUUUUAGCUUAGAGAAGGGAAGGGUUUGGAGUCAGUUUGGUCCCUUCCGGGAUGCAAAAUGAGACGUUUUUUGCCAUUGGAUCAGGUCCCUCACUGUACAUCCUUCUACAUGCAUCUCAAAAGUUCAUUUCGCGUUUUUUAGUCGAUCAACCUCUCUAUAAAGCCUGGAGAAACAAUUGCACUAGUUGGUCCUUCUGGCGCUGGAAAAUCUUCCAUUAUUUCGUUGCUUGAGUACUUUUACGAGACAACGAAAGGUGUCAUAAAACUUGACGGCGUCGAUAUUCGAGAAUACGCCCAUCGCUUUUAUCAUCAACAAGUCUCGUUGGUCAGUCAAGAGCCGACAUUGUAUUCCGGCUCGAUAAAGGACAAUAUCCUGUAUGGGUGUGAGGAAUGGUGUACUGAAGAUGACAUGGUUGAAGCAGCGAGGCUAGCCAACGCUCAUGGCUUUAUUACAGAGCUGGAGGAGGGAUAUGAAACAAAGUGCGGAGAGAAGGGAGUGCAGAUGAGCGGUAAAUAAAAGCUUUAUUUGCCCUGGUAAAUUCUAGCCAUUGCGUACACACAAAUAACAUGUAUGCUUAUUUUUGCCACUAUUUUGGUUGAGUAAUUGUAAUUUUUUCUUCCAGGCGGUCAAAAGCAGCGAAUCGCCAUUGCCCGAGCUCUUGUGCGGAGACCGGCUGUCCUGAUCCUUGAUGAAGCCACGUCAGCGCUCGAUUCUGAAUCAGAAUACAUAAUCCAAAAAGCCCUACAUCAAUGUGCCAUUGGCCGCACUGUAAUUGUAAUCGCUCAUCGGUUGAGUACCGUGAAGAAAGCUGAUCGAAUAUUCGUCAUCGAGAAAGGAGAAGUGGUUCAAGAGGGGAACCAUCAAACACUGAUGGAAACUGACGGGCUUUAUAAAGAUCUAGUGAAGCGGCAGCUCUAUGACGUGCAUGUGAAAGAAGACAGAGACGUUUCAGCAGCUGUAGGAGGUUCGGUGACUCAAGAAAACGGUAUUGCAUAA